AUGAAGUGUAUUGCGUUAGCGGUGGCUGUGUUAUUGGUUGUAUGCCAUGUGGGCUUUACUUAUCCAACGAACGACAAAGUAUCCUAUCAAGGAUACAAAGUUUUUAAUUUGAAUAUUGAAAAUGAAAAUCAACGUAAUUUUCUAAUUGAUUUCAUCGAAAAUAAUAAUGCUGGGGUUUCCAUAUGGCAUCAGGAUUUUAACAGCAUGGAUAUUUUAGUCGAUCCUAAAACCCAGAUGUACUUCCACAAUGCUACUAUGGCUAGAGGUUUUCGUUUGAAGGAAGUUAUUUCUAAUUUGCAAAGUUUAAUUGAUGAGGAGAAACCCUAUGAAGGUGACGAUUCCGACGAAUUUAAUUGGACCCGCUACUAUGAAUUGGAAGAUAUCUAUAAAUUCUUAGAUGAUAUUCUGGCCAAAUAUCCAAAAGUUACUGAACCCUUUACCAUUGCUCAGUCCUAUGAAGGUCGUACGGUUAGAGGCAUCAAAAUUUCCCUUAAAGAAGGAAAUCCUGGCAUUUACAUUGAAUCCAAUAUACAUGCACGUGAAUGGAUUACUUCGGCCACUGCUACCUGGUUUAUCAAUGAAUUGCUGACAUCAACGGAUCCCGAAGUUCGUAACUUGGUGGAAAAUUACGAUUGGUAUAUUGUGCCGGUGUUGAAUGUUGACGGUUUCACUUAUUCACACAAUAAGGACCGCUUGUGGCGUAAGACCCGCCAACCUGUUGCACACUCAACCUGUAUUGGUACCGAUGGUAAUCGCAAUUUCGAUUCAUAUUGGAUGGUUAACGGUGCCUCAUCGAACCCUUGUGCCAGUGAUUAUGCCGGACCACAAGCUAAUUCUGAACCAGAAAUUAAGGGAGAAUCGGAAUUUUUAAGUGCAAAUAAGGAUAAAUUCAAUAUCCUUUUGGCAUUCCAUUGUUAUUCGCAAAUGCUAUUGUCGCCCUAUGGUCAUACCUUGGAAUUGCCACCAAAUAACGAUGAUCUAGAGAAAGUUGCUGAUGCCUAUGCCAAGGCUGUCAUCAAUAUGCCAUAUAAAACUGAAUAUACCUAUGGUACAUCGGCUGGUGCUAUGUAUUAUGCCCCCGGUUCGACCAUUGAUUUUGCCUACAAUGAAGCUGAUAUCAAAAUCACCUACACCAUUGAAAUGCGGGAUACGGGUCUUCAUGGUUUUGUAUUGCCUCCCACUCAUAUCCUGCCCAAUUGCAAGGAAACCAUGGCCGGUAUUGUGGCCCUAGUCAAGGAAGCUCAAAAUUUGGGUUAUAUGAAACCAAAAUAUUUGUAA